AUGGACGAAAAAGCCACAAAAUCAGCUUUUGAAUUGUCGCAAAAAGCCGUUCAUUAUGAUCAGGGUAAAAAGUAUGAAGAAGCGAUAUUCUGCUACACUGAAGCUGGGAAUCAACUGCUCAAGCUAGUUCAAGAAAAAAGAUGCUUGCCGAUUUUUCGAAAAAAUGUCAUGGAGUGCAUCAAUAGAGCCGAAUUUUUAAAAGAAAAUAUUGAUAAUCUUCAACGGCAGUACCCACCUUCGAACGAUGACAUAUCUCACAAUGUGGAAUUCUUGAUGAUAAAAGCUUCAGUUCUUCAAAACUAUGGAAAUCGGCUUGAAGAAUCUCGAAGUCUUUAUGAAAAUGUGGUUGAACAAUGUCUUGGAGUUUCUCGGAAUAGCAAUCUUUCCCAAGAAACAUUGAAAAAAUUGAGACAAAUUGCGGAAAGCGCCUUAAAGUGUAUCGAAGAGCUUGUAACACUCAAAAAUAAAGUUACGGAAGUAGAACUGCUUCUGCCCGAGGUUCCAGUUGACGAUCUCUCAAAACUUGUCUUCAAUGAUCACAAAACUCCAUCCCCCUCAACAAGCCAACCAUUCAAGUCCCCAACUCAUCAAGUAGUCCCUCCAUCGCCAUCGAAUUCUCAAAAGUUCACCAAAGAAGAACUAGAUGUCCUUUCAACAACCUCGAAUAUCAACAAUAAGCUUUACGUCCCUUUUCACAGUUAUGACAAAGUUGGAGAAUUCAAAAGCCAAAAUGGUAAAUUCACGGACCCAGAUGGAAAAAUCGGCCUCACGCAGAAACAAAGGCUGAAGUUGAAAGGUUGGAAGCGUGUCAGCGAGUUGUUUGAAAAUCCAACUAUAAUUUCAUCUAUCGAUUGCCACACAAUUAGACAGACAGUUAUCUCAGAUUGCUCAUUCAUUUCCUCUCUCUCUAUCGCUGCUCUCUAUGAAAAACGGUUUAAAAAGCAACUUGUUACCAGUAUAAUUCAUCCUCAAGACGCUAAUGGAAAUCCAAUAUACAAUCCUGCAGGAAAAUAUAUGAUUAAAUUUCAUAUUAACGGAGUCUGGAGAAAAGUAGUUAUCGAUGAUUACUUUCCUGUCGAUGAAAACAAUCGAAUGAUGUGCUCUCAGACGGAAAAUAAAGGUGAACUCUGGGUUUCGCUCUUGGAAAAAGCAUACAUGAAAGUAAUGGGUGGAUAUGACUUUCCUGGAUCAAACUCAAACAUUGACUUGAAUGCGUUAACUGGAUGGAUUCCGGAAAGAAUAGAAUUGAAUGAAUCAUCAAAAGCCGAUCCAGAUGCAAUAUUUCGUAAACUCUUUGAUCGUUUUCAUCGUGGAGAUUGUUUGAUCACUCUAGCAACUGGUAAAAUGUCAGCAGAAAUGCAAAAAAGAUCUGGGCUUGUGGAAACUCAUGCUUAUGCAGUUAUUGAUAUAAGAUCUGUUGAGAACAAACGCUUGCUGAAAGUGAAAAAUCCCUGGACGCAUUCUCGUUGGAAAGGAAACUUUUCGGACAAAGACAAGUUAAAUUGGACAGCGAAAAUGAAAAAUGCAUUGUCGUUUGAUCCAGAAGUUGCGGCAGGGAAAGACGAUGGAAUUUUCUGGAUUGACUAUGAAUCAGUUCGACAUUUUUUUGAUGUCAUUUAUGUGAAUUGGAAGUUGGAACUGUUUCCGUUUACAUCAGUAUAUCAUGCCACAUGGAAACAAGAAAUGGGUCCAAUUAGAGAUGUUUAUACUGUUGGUGAUAAUCCCCAGUACACAUUGACAGUCAACGUUGGCCAGAAAACAACUGCAGCUGCAGUUUGGAUACUACUCACCCGACAUAUUACUGCUAUUGACGAUUUCGCGGUUAACAAAGAGUUUAUUACAUUGAUUGUUUAUGAAACUGGUCAAAAAAUUUAUAUUCCGACGAAUCCUCGGCCGAUUUCCGAUGGUGUCAGAAUCAACAGUCCUUUAUAUUUGUGCCAACUCCUGAAUACCAAACCGGGUGUGACUACAUAUACUCUAGUUGUUGCUCAAUAUGAAAAAACGAACACAAUCAACUACUCACUUCGAGUUUUCUCCACAACUGAUGUUAAACUUGAGCCCAUUAUGCUACCGUAUUCCAUUUCCAAAACAAUAAGAGGAAAUUGGGAUGGUUCGGAAAAACAUCCCAUAAUGAAGCUUGUGCUUCAUUCGAAAUCAGACGACAUCGCUCUGUUCAUGGAGCUGAAAGCUCCAAAACAAUUUUGUAUCGCUCUGGAAAUGAAACAACACUUGUCAGAUCGUACAGUUUUUCUGGAAACUAAAAGUUCGGGUGCUUAUCGACCUGGGUACACAGUACUUACCCUUGAAAAAGUCCCAGCAGGAACUUAUUAUAUUAAAGCUUCCACAUACACAGCUGGCGACAAAGGGCCGUUCAUUCUUCGUAUCGAUUCAUCAUGUAAAUUUGAAUUGGAGACAAUAAAAAUUUGA